AUGGAGAAUAAUGGUAAGAGUCGUGGGACUCAAUUGGUAGGCCAGAUAGAUGAUCUGACAAGAGAGCUACAGGAUGCGCAGAAAGUUGUUGUUUCCCGCAUAAAUGAGAGGAAUCGUUUAGUUUCGGACAUGAUGGAGAGGUACAGAAGCAAUCUCAGGAUUUUACAAGAGCAACGUGUUACUGUUCUUUCCGAAUUGGAUAGGUAUAAGGAGGAGGAGAGUAGAAUGAAGGAGGCCUUACAAAAUUUGAACUCUACGAAGGAAGAGUUCAAGAGGGAGAUGGAUGCAUACCAGUUGAAAGCUGAAAAAAUGAGGCUACAAAAGCAACAGUUGCAGAAACAAUUGGAUGAUUUAAACAAGAUGUUUGCAGACAGGGCUAAUGAGAUUCAGAAAUACAAGGAAAUGGUGACCAGGCAGAGACAAUUAGAUAGUCCCGAGAUAAAACUGUAUGAGAAACUGUUAGGGUUGCAAAUCGAUAAAGCGGACACACAUAUGCUGAAAUUUACGUUUACUGACUUCGGUCGUGAAAGAGAGUAUAAGUCUGUUAUAGUCGAUGUUUCUCAGUUGAACGACGACAGUUCACCACUGAGAAUUAAAGAAAUAGAGUCCGGAGUAAGUGCAUCAACGGUCAAUGAACUAGAAACGGUGCUGAAUCAGCAAGGUAUUGUUCAGUUUUUAAUCGAAGUCAGAAAAGUCCUUGUUAAAUCUGAGUGA